CGAGCUCGGGUCCCACGGGCCCGCCCGCCCGCAGCAGCGGGGACGUGGAGCGCCCGGAGCCGGACGGCUGCCCCCGUCCCAGCUCUGCCCCGGGGCUGCCGCUGCGGGGCGGGAGCGGCGCUCCUGCCCGGGCCGAGCCCACCUGUCCCGGGCGCCGCCGCAGCGUCCGUCCGUCCGUCCGUCCCGGCUUGCUGCCCCUGGGCAGGAGCCGCCUGGCCCCGGGUCCUGAGGCCAGGGCCGCGGCCCCGGCUCCGAGCUCGGCUGGCGGCGGCGGCCCGGCUGCGGGGCCCUGUUUACCAUGCAGUUAAUGAAUGAACAGCGGCGCGGAGCUGGGCGGCCGUGGGGCCCGGCCCCGGCCCCGGCCCCGGCCCCGGCCCGGGCUGGGAAGCAUUCCAGAGCAGCCAGGGGCACCGGCCCGACCCCGGCCCCCGCCCGCAGGUGCAGUGGGCUGGCACUCGGCUGCGGAACUGGAAAGAGCUGGUUGGAGUCUGCACUUUAGCUCCUGGCAGGCAGGCAGGCAGGCAGGCAGGGAGGGGGCCCGGGACCCAGCGAUCUCCGCGGAGCCCAGGGGAGGAUGGCUCAGCUGCUCGGGCCCCUGCUCAGAGCCCUGCUCCUGUGCCAGGCGGCUGCCACGGGGAACUUCGUGCACCACAGCUACAAGGAGAUGGUGCAGGCCCUGUUUGCCGUGCAGAAUGAGUGCCCCUACGUCACUCGCGUCUACAGCGUGGGCCACAGCGUCCAGGGCAGGCACCUCUAUGUCCUGGAGUUCAGCGACUACCCCGGCCUCCACGAGCCCUUGGAGCCGGAGUUCAAGUACGUGGGGAACAUGCACGGGAACGAGGUGCUGGGCCGCGAGCUGCUGCUGCAGCUCUCCCAGUUCCUGUGCGAGGAGUAUCGCCGCGGCAACGAGCGCAUCACGCGGCUCAUCCAUGACACGCGCAUCCACAUCAUGCCCUCCAUGAACCCCGACGGGUAUGAGGUGGCGGCCAACCAGAGCCCCACCACCAAUGGGUACCUGACCGGCCGGAACAACGCCAAUGGCGUGGACCUGAACCGCAACUUCCCUGACCUCAACACCAUCAUGUACCACAACGAGAAGAGCUCAGGGCCCAACCACCACAUCCCCCUGCCCAACAACUGGAGGAGUCAGGUGGAACCGGAGACAGCGGCUGUGAUUCAGUGGAUCAGCAGCUACAACUUCGUUCUCUCAGCCAACCUGCACGGUGGUGCCGUGGUGGCCAACUACCCCUAUGACAAGUCGCACAGCCAGCGGGUGCGUGGCCAGCGGACCACUACCAACACGCCCACACCCGACGACAAGCUGUUCCAGAAGUUGGCAAAGACCUAUUCCUAUGCCCAUGGUUGGAUGCAUCAGGGCUGGAACUGUGGAGACUACUUUGCAGAUGGCAUCACCAACGGGGCAUCCUGGUAUUCUCUCAGCAAAGGCAUGCAGGACUUCAAUUACCUCUAUACCAACUGCUUUGAGAUCACCUUGGAGCUGAGCUGCAACAAGUUCCCGCCCCAGGAGGACCUGGAGCGCGAGUGGCUGGCCAACCGCGAGGCGCUGGUCGCCUUCAUGGAAGAGGUUCACCAGGGCAUCAAAGGGAUGGUGCUAGAUGAGAACAACAACGGCAUUGUGGGCGCAGUGCUUUCGGUCCAGGGCAUUGGCCACGACGUCACCUCUGGUGACCAGGGGGACUACUUCCGACUGCUGCUGCCUGGCACAUACGCCGUCACCGCCUCUGCCCGUGGGUACCAACCGCAGACGGUGAGCGUGACUGUGGGCCCGGCGGGGCCCUCGCUGGUAACUUUCCAGCUCAAACGAGACGUGGAGAAGAAGCCCCCGGAGCAGAAGGCCCCUGGGCCCCGCGCGAGCAGCAAAGCACCUCCGAAGAAGGUGGUGCCAAGAGCAGCCCCACGGGAGAUGCGGAGCUGAGAGCGGGGGAGCCUUGCACCGCAGGCGAGGCCGACAGCUGCAGCAAGGGAACUCUCCGGUGAGCCCGGGUCCCCUGGUUUAUUAAACAUGGGAAUAUUUAA